UGUCCGCCAAAGUUAUCUCAUGAAACGUGCGCGCUCUUCAAACUUCUCCUGAAACGUGCGCGCAUUAUUGUUCUCUGGGGCAUCUGCAUCAGUCGUGAUGAAUUACAGCGGGGGUGUGACGUUGGUGAUGGAACCAGCGGGGGGUGUUCGAGGUUCUCAUCUUCCUCGUUGCUAGUGUAGUCAUUCAUGUGGGUACUUUAUGUUCCGUGUUUAGCUGAGAGCAGUUCAGAAACUUCAUUGAACUAACAGCCAAAGUUUACAGCGCACGUUGAGAGUAGACAAAGGCUGGAGCAUGUGGACGUCCUGCUGUAGCUGGCUCUGCGUGGAGAACACCGCCUCUGCCACGGUGGAACACAACGGCAACACGCGGCGCCAGGUCUACACCAACUCGGGGUUCAGCUCCUCCCCCACGGCCCCCGAGCACCUGUGCAAGGCCUGCGGAGGCCGCUUCAACACCGUCGCCAGGAAGCAUGUCUGUGUGGACUGCAAGAAGAGCUUCUGCAGCCGCUGCUCGGUGCAGCUGGACCUGCGUCCGCGGCUGUGCCACACCUGCCAGCGUUUCCACGGCACCCUGUUCGACCGCGCGGAGCUGAUGCGGCUGAAGGUGAAGGACCUGCGGGACUACCUCCACCUGCACGAGGUGCCCACGCAGAUGUGCCGGGAGAAGGAGGAGCUGGUGGACCUGGUGCUGGGCCAGCGCACCCCCAGCAGCAGCGGCAGCAGCAGCGGCAGCGAGGGCGUGUCCCGGCCCCUCCGGACCCCGCCCAGCCCCGCCCCUCCCCGCUCCUCCUCCCCCUCCCCCUCCGACCCGCCCCCCGCGGAGCCCGCCGUGGAGCUGCUCGGCGAGGAAGACGAGGAGCAGAGUCCACCCGCACCCGUGGACUCCGGUCAGGAGGAGGCCCCUGACACCGAGAUGGACACGGAGGUCCAGGGGGAGCAGGAGUCCCAGUCCUCAGACACGGACGAGAUGGUGACCCCCAGCCGCCGGGCGUCGCUGUCCGACCUGAGCGGCGUGGCGGACAUCGAGGCGCUGAGCGUGCGGCAGCUGAAGGAGAUCCUCGCCCGCAACUUCGUCAACUACAAGGGCUGCUGCGAGAAGUGGGAGCUGAUGGAGCGCGUGACGCGCCUCUACAACGACCAGAAAGACCUGCAGAACCUCGAGCCCACUGGCGCCCCGAGCCUGGAGGAGAACCUGUGCAAGAUCUGCAUGGACCUGCCCAUCGACUGCGUGCUGCUGGAGUGCGGUCACAUGGUCACCUGCACCAAGUGCGGCAAGCGCAUGAGCGAGUGCCCCAUCUGCAGGCAGUACGUGGUGCGCGCCGUGCACGUCUUCAGGUCCUGACGCGCCUGGGCGUGCACGUGCGUGCGUGUGCGCGAGCGCGCGCGGCGGGAACGCGGGACAGCCACGCCAGCACGGCCUCUCCGGAGACGCCCCCCCCCCUCCCCUUGACACAUGCGUACAAAUGCGCAGGUACGCAUACGCAGACUCUCUCAAACACGCGUACAGACACACACGUAUCCACACGCAUACCCAGACUCUUUCUCACACACACACACACACACACACACACACAUACGCAGACUCUUCCACACAUACACACACACACAACCCCAGAGCAGAGGUCAGUUCCGGGACGGUCUCAUCACACCACCGGGCCCUGUGCUCAAUCUUCCACGGGGGGGUGGGGGGGGGGGUUACGGAUGCCACCGGGUGCUCUGUGCAUUUAAGGGCACGUAGAAACCGGUGGAUCCUUUCUCCCUCUCGAAGGUUCCUGAACCGUUCAAACCGAGCUACUCACUCAGCGACGCACUCAAAAUGAGCCUCCUCCUCCUCCUCCCCGCCCUUAAUAAGUAGGCAAUAAACCCACUGGAUUUCAGGGGUGGCGUUCUCACUCUGGGGCGUCGCCGCCGGAGGCGUGCCGAGCGCCUGUUUCGCUCGCGGAUGCAGAACUUUUUAACGCCCUUUUAGUGAGGUGCGUUUGUGUGAGCUGCUAGCCUGAAGGCAGCUGUGAAGCUGUCGAGAGAGAGAGAGGAGAUCGCUGGGCCCCUGCAGCGCCGACCGCAUCGCGGAGGGUUCCAGAGACAGGGACGGACGGAUAUGCAAACAACGACAUUUCAGCUAAUAUUGUGAAAUGGCUUCCAUAUUUUAUGUGAUUUUUUUUUUGUUUGUUUUUCUUUUCCCCCCCCCCACUCCUCUUCACACAAAGUGCAGCAUUGGAGAGGAAGGGGGUGUCUUGGAAUGUUAAGGAAGUUAACUGGCCAUAGUAUAGCAGUGCACACAACCAGCCCAGUAAUAAUAGAUCUGUAAUGACCACUUAUACCGCAGCGGAGUCUGUCAGCGGAGCUGUUAUGUUUUCCAGGUUAAAUCCCUUCGGAGAUUAGGGGCUUUGCUCCAGGCCACGGCGCACGUACUGCGCACUUCCCACAGAUCUAAUCUUUGCCCUGCGGGAACAAAGGGCUUUCGCUACAUCGCGAGCCGAGCGCCGCUCGAGAGGAAGCGCUGCUCGGUCUGCCGCGGCCGAGGCGCGGCCUCGUGUCACCCCGUCGGAUUAAGCGCCCUAUCAAAAACAGCUCGCGCUAAAUUACGUCUGAAAUAUUGAUGCGGUGACGUCGCGCUCGUGGAAUACGCGGUCCGGGAGAGCUGGAGCGCGUGAAUGAUUCAUCGGGGUUAACCGUUGGAUGCUCCUCCCGGCCCGCCCUCUCGCCUGCUGUCCUCAGAGGUGUGGACGGCUUUAAGCGGUUAGCGCUUUAGCCGUACCUCAGUGCCGCGCGUAUGCAAAGCGAGAAGCCUUCGGCUUCACGUUUGAUUACGAGUCGCGCACUGGGCCCACCCACUCUGCAACCACAGCCCAGCUCCUGCUGUACGGUGUAUUUACAGUAUGUCUGGGUGUGUUCCUGAAAUGGAGAAACCUAAAUUUACACCCAAACGUAAUUGGUUAAUUUUAAGACUACUUCUUCGCGUUUGUUUCGGUGACGUAUUAAUAAAAUUCGAUCGCAGAAUUUGUUUUGUUUUUUCAAACAACGUUAGACUGAAGGCCAACUGCAAAACGCAGGCUUGUGUCGACUGUAGCAUAGUGGCCAAAAAAGCUAGUGGAUCCUCCAAAUUAUCAGUCGUAUUGGUUUUACUCUACAUAUGUGCAACAUUGUGAUGUGGAAAUGCUUUCUACCACAGACAGUGGAUUCAAUUUUUGAACUGGGCUGUAUCCUCAGUAAUAGAAAGUACACAGAAAGCUUUGCCGUUGCAGAUACGUUAGAUACUCUGUGAAACCCAGUCCAGUUCAUGUAAGGAGACAUGUUAAAGCUCUGUUUGAAAUGAUUAUUUCUCGUGUCUUCAGUGUAAGUAUUGUAAGGGAGCUGAAUGUAUUUCCAGGUGUGUGGAUGAGAGCGCUGUUUUCUGCUUGGCCUGCUUUUCGUGUGCGACUGGUUUACGGCAGGGGCUGCCUCUGGGGUAUUCUCUCAGCACCUAACAUGACACGAGUCCCAGUACCUCUGUCUCAAUGGGGUCGCCCAGCACCAAACUGCAUUACUAUGCUAUGACUGCAGGGGGAAGUCCAUUCAAGUCUUUCAUUCAAAUUUCUUUAGCCAAUUUUUUUUUAUUGCUGGGAUGAAUACACAAAGCGUUUCCUUAAUUGCUGAGUCUCGAGGUAGUUCGUUCAGUUUUUUUUACCAAAAUACCUUUGCAGCUGCGUAUGUAGGUCAGCCUGGUGCAAACCACUCAGAGUGUACACGAAGGACUUGGCUUGCCGGAUAUUUUCACCAAUUCAGUACUCUGCCUUCAACGUUCAGAUGGAACCCACCGCGUUCCGUAAGGACAAAGUGCAUUUUUUGCAUCGUGUGCAUUCGGGGUGGACCCGAAAGCAUAUAGCACACAACACUCUGAAGAAGGGCAGUUUGUAAACGGGGGCACCGUACAGAAAUCUCAGCGGCGCUGCAGACGAACAGAGUGCCAGCCGCCAGACGAAUCGGCUGUAGUUCAGUGGGGCUUCCCUCACCUGACCCCUGAUGCCAUGCGGAAGAACACGUGUCUGUCCUGUGGCCUUCAACACCAGCACUUUACACAGUACCAAGCCAACGCUCAGGAGCGCUUCGUGCUUCUCUAGAGAGCUCCUCUUGAAAUUUUUAUUUUUUGUUUGUUUUUUUUUGGCUGGACCGCAACAGCGGGGCCAGCCCUACAAACGCGAAUGUCUGUGACUGACUGAGUGACUGAGUGAGUGAUGAAGUUACACCAUUGGUCGGCCGAGUUAUGAAGUUACACCAUUGGUCGGCUGGAUCAAGUGUGUUAGGUCCAGCCAUAUACUAGGUUUUGACCUGGUCUUGUUUAAAUAUCAGAUUAUUUUUGAGAGUAGUUUUAGUACGGUGUUUCUGGGAAUGACAUUGAUUAUGAUGAUAAAUGUUUAUGUCGUCAAUGUAUGGCAACAACAAACAAAAAAAAAGUGUACCAUUAUAGGGAGUGGUGGAGGUGCAUGUGUCUAAGCAGAAUACAAGGUCUAAUGUGGUCUUGGGACAUAACUGGUGUGAGCAAGAAAUGCACUCGAUGUUUUUAACUGUCUUGGGUUUGUUGGCACUGCUUGAACGAUUGAAUGACUCCAUAAGUACUGAAGCGUUGUAGCUCUGCUAUACAAUUGAUUAUAACAAUAGAUUUGACGAUGCAUUCUGGUUUAUCGUAAUUAGGACUCGCGGCACUGGAAUCAGUUUUGAAAUAUUUCUGGAACGUUUUUUUUUUUUUUCUCUCCCUGAAAACGGAAAGUACAAUGAUCUUUGUUUACAAUAGAAAGGGUGGAUGGUAAUAUUUUUAAAAUAUUUGCCCAAAAUGGCUACAGUGGCCUAUCCAGGGUGCACGUGUGCAAGCAGGUGCGCACGUACGUGUAUGUGCGUGUGUGUACAUGCAUGUACUUGCAGUCAUCUUGUGGGUCUGGUAGGGUGCAGGUUAGUCCAUAUUCUACCUUUGUUGAUUCAUGAGGACUAAUAUUUUAAUGGAAAUUAACUGCUGUGGCCUUUGGUCAAGAGGUGGCCAUUCAAAGCCUCUCUUAUGUUUUAAGUUGAGAGAACGAACUUUGUCUUUCCAAAAGUGCCAUGCUCAUUGUUUAAUGUUGUAAUCACUGAUUUGAAAAAUCUUAUGUAUUGGACUAUAAUUCCCUGCUUCCUGUGAACGUGUAUGAAGAAGAACUUCAGAACCCAGAUUCAAUCUGGCUGGAACGGUGUUAGUCUUUACAAAACAGAGCCUUGGAUUAACACCAUAUUGAGCAAAACCUUAACGUACUGCAAAUACUAAUGUGCAUUUGAGAGCACAAAUUAGAGAGAGGACAAACCAGCGUGCUGUGGGGAAGCGUCUGGAAUGCUUGUUCCAUGUGGUAUAAAGUAUGUCGGGGCAGACUUUCUGUAAGGUAUUGCAUCUGGAUUAUGUUUGUUAUAUUUAGAUUGUAACUUUAUUUUCUUAUGCCACUGUGAGAUGUCAUGAAAAUGAUCCAAACCUGGGGAGGGAGGGAGGGGGGGGGGGACUGAGGGGUUGAAUUUGUCAUGAUUCUUUGCUCUCUGUUGUCAUGCAAGGGUUCUCUGGUUUGGAUUUUAAACAGUGUGAGCCAGAUAUGCUAUACACUGAAUACACAGUGAACAGGAUAAAAAUGAGAAAAUAGGGUUUAAAAUUCUGAGAAAAGAAAAUGUAAAAAUAUUUUUGAAUAUGUCUAAAAAAUAUAUACAUUACCAAAUCUACCUUUGUUCUGUUGUGCAGAGAUUUUUGGUUGACAUUUUUAUAUUAAUAAAAGUUAACUUCAGUAAAA